CCCCCGGCCGCUCGCUCUCUUCCUCCUCCUCCUUCCUCCUCCUCCCAGCCUCGUCCUCACUCAAUCCCUCUCACUUCCUUCUUACUCGUCUUCUUCUUCGUCCUUCCUUCUUAUCAUGGCUUCAAACGGUACUCCCGUCGUCGCUGAGGCGCACAAUGUCGUCGCGCUCCCCGUGCCCGACAAAUACUUUGAAAAACACCCUACCGCCCCCCACAUCAAUGGCCUCGAGGAAUACCAGAAAAUGUACAAGGAGUCCAUCGAGAGCCCAGACACCUUCUGGGCCCGCAUGGCCAACGAGCUCCUCUCCUUCUCCCGCCCGUUCAGCAAAGUCCAGUACGGCGGCUUCGAGCACGGCGACGUCUCCUGGUUCCUCAACGGCCAGCUGAACGCCUCCUACAACUGCGUCGACCGCCACGCCUUCGAGGACCCCGACCGCGUCGCCAUCAUCUACGAGGCCGACGAGGAAAAGGACUCCCGCAAAAUCACAUACGGCGAGCUCCUCCGCGAGGUCUCCCGCGUCGCCGCCACCCUGCAGUCCUUCGGCGUCACCCGUGGCGACACCGUCGCCAUCUACAUGCCCAUGAUCCCCGAGGCCAUCAUCGCCCUGCUGGCCGUCACCCGUCUCGGCGCGCUGCACUCUGUCGUCUUUGCCGGUUUCUCCUCGGGCUCGCUCGUCGACCGCAUCGAGAACGCAAACUCAAAGGUCGUCAUCACCACCGACGAAGGCCGUCGCGGAGGCAAAGCCGUCUCCACUAAGCGCAUCGUCGACGAGGCCCUCAAGUCCUGCCCCGAGGUCAAGCACGUCCUCGUCUACCGCCGCACCGGCGCCGACAUCCCCUGGACCGCCGGCCGCGACUAUUGGUGGCACGAGGAGACCGUCAAGUACCGUCCCUACUUUGCCCCCGUCGAUGUUCCCUCCGAGCACCCUCUCUUCAUCCUCUACACCUCCGGCUCGACCGGCAAGCCCAAGGGUGUCUUGCACACCACCGCCGGAUACUUGCUAGGCGCCGCCAUGACCGGCAAGUACGUCUUCGACAUCCACCCGGGCGACGUCUACUUUACCGCCGGCGACGUCGGCUGGAUCACCGGCCACACCUACGUCCUCUACGCGCCUCUUCUCUUGGGUGUCACCACCCUCGUCUUUGAGGGAACGCCUGCCUUCCCCAACUUUUCGCGCUACUGGGACAUCAUCGAAAAUUACAAGGCCACACAGUUCUACGUCGCGCCCACCGCCCUGCGUCUGCUCAAGCGUGCCGGCGACGAGUUCAUUCACCACGACCUCUCCUCCGUCCGCACCCUCGGCUCCGUCGGCGAGCCCAUCGCGCCCGAGAUCUGGCAAUGGUACCACGAGAAGAUCGGCAACGAGGAAGCCCACAUCGUCGACACCUACUGGCAGACCGAGACCGGCUCCAACAUCAUCACCCCGCUCUCCGGCGUGACCCCCACCAAGCCCGGCUCGGCCUCGCUCCCCUUCUUUGGCAUCGCGCCCGCCAUCAUCGACCCCGUCACCGGCGUCGAGCUCGAGGGAAAUGACGUCGAGGGCGUCCUCGCCAUCAAGCAGCCCUGGCCCUCCAUGGCCCGCUCGGUCUGGAACUCCCACAACCGCUACAUGGAGACCUACCUGCAGCCCUACCCCGGCUACUACUUCACCGGCGACGGCGCCGGCCGCGACCACGAGGGAUACUACUGGAUCCGCGGCCGCGUCGACGACGUCGUCAACGUCUCCGGCCACCGCCUGUCUACGGCUGAAAUCGAGGCCGCGCUUCUGCAGAACCACAACGUCGCCGAGUCUGCUGUCGUCGGCACCGCCGACGAUCUCACCGGCCAGGCCGUGAACGCGUUCGUCGUGCUCAAGCCCGUGAUUGACGAGUCGAUCGCCGACAUGAAGAAGGAGCUGAUUCUGACUGUGCGCAAGUCGAUCGGUCCGUUUGCGGCCCCGAAGAGCAUUAUCAUCGUGUCUGACCUGCCAAAGACGAGAUCGGGCAAGAUCAUGCGACGAAUUCUGCGGAAGGUGCUCGCGGGUGAGGAGGAUGGUCUUGGUGAUAUUUCUACGUUGUCGAACCCGUCGAUUGUCGAGGAGAUCAUCAGCACCGUCAAGGCGGGUCGUAAGUAAUCACAAAAAUUUCAUCUUGAAUAGGUAGUCGAAGAGGCUGGUUCUUUUAAUAAAAUCUGACGCUCUUUUUGUGUUUUGUAUCUCUGUUUGUAUUAUUUUUGUCAUAUUAAUAAGCUAUAUCCAUC